AUGAGUGACUCUGACAGCGACGACACCCCCCAGCUUUCUGCCCACACCUUAGCUGCGCUCCAGGAAUUCUAUGCUGAGCAGAAGCAACGAACUGACCUGAGUGGGGAUGACAAGUUUAACAUUGGAAUAAUAGAAGAGAACUGGCAGCUGAGCCAGUUCUGGUACAGCCAGGAGACCGCCCUGCGGCUUGCAGAGGAAGCGAUUGCAGUGGCUGGAGAAGGUGGCAGGAUCGCCUGUGUGAGUGCCCCAAGCGUCUACCAGAAGCUGAGGGAGCUGCACAGAGGAGACAUCUCCACAUACCUCUUUGAGUAUGACAGAAGAUUCGCCGUAUAUGGAGAGGAGUUUAUCUUCUAUGAUUACAAUAACCCAUUGGAUCUACCCAAGAAAAUCGUGGCACACAGCUUUGACAUAGUAAUAGCGGAUCCUCCCUACCUUUCUGAGGAGUGUCUCAGGAAAACAUCAGAAACCGUCAAGCACCUGACUCAGAACAAGAUCCUGCUGUGCACAGGUGCCAUCAUGGAAGAGGCAGCAGCAGAGCUACUUGGUGUGAAGAUGUGCAAGUUCAUUCCAAGACACACCCGAAAUCUGGCAAACGAGUUCCGCUGUUAUGUGAAUUAUGAUUCUGCCCUUGACCGGGAAACCUAG